CCCAAUCCCGCACUUCCAACAACCUCACCCACCAAUACUCUCGCUCAUCGAAUAGCCCCUUCGGAGCUUCAGCUUCAUUUCUACUUACCCCCCUUCAAUACCGCAGCUCGGGCUCAUAGCUGCAACCAUGUCGGACGAUGAUGAUUUCAUGCAAGACUCCGACCAGGAGGAAUAUGACUUCGAGUACGAGGAUGACGAUGAGGAGCAGGGCGGAGAUGUGGAUAUCGAGAAUAAAUACUACAACGCCAAGCAGAUGAAAGGCGACAAUCCCGAGGAGGCUGUGGACGAGUUCCUCGGCGUUCCUGCGUUAGAGGAAGAAAAAGGAGACUGGGGUUUCAAAGGGCUGAAGCAGGCGAUCAAGCUUGAAUUCAAGCUGAAGCGCUACAACAAGGCCGUAGAGCAUUACCAGGAACUGCUCACCUAUGUCAAAUCGGCUGUCACCAGAAACUACUCGGAGAAGUCGAUCAACAACAUGCUCGACUUCAUAGAGAAGGAUGCGGAAGACGCUGAUGCACACCGAUGCAUGGAGAAAUUCUAUGCGCUGACACUCGAAUCGUUCCAGAGCACCAACAACGAGCGGUUAUGGCUCAAGACCAACAUCAAGCUGGCGAAGCUUUGGUUGGAGCGGAAGGACUACCGGCAACUGGCUGAUAAGGUCCGCGAGUUGCACAAGUCAUGCCAAAAGGAGGACGGCACAGAUGACCCCAGCAAAGGAACAUACUCGCUCGAGAUUUAUUCCCUGGAAAUUCUCAUGUAUGCGGAGACGAGGAAUACCAAGCGCCUAAAAGCCUUGUACCAGCGCGCCCUCAAGGUUCGAUCGGCCGUGCCGCAUCCCAAGAUCAUGGGCAUCAUUCGCGAGUGCGGCGGCAAAAUGCACAUGAGCGAAGAGAAUUGGAAGGAGGCUCAGAGCGACUUCUUCGAGAGCUUCAAGAACUACGACGAAGCCGGCUCUCUGCAGCGAAUCCAGGUGCUCAAGUAUCUCGUUCUCACGACUAUGCUAAUGGGUUCCGAUAUCAACCCAUUUGACUCACAAGAGACCAAGCCCUACAAGACUGAUCCUCGCAUAUCCGCAAUGACGGAUCUCGUGGACGCAUACCAGAGGGACGACAUUCAUAGCUACGAAAAGAUUCUGCAAAACAACAAGGAUCUCCUUGCAGACCCGUUCAUCGCCGAGAACAUUGAUGAGGUCACGCGUAACAUGCGCACCAAGGCGGUUCUCAAGCUCGUCGCGCCAUACACACGGUUCACGCUGGCGUUCAUCUCAAAGCAGCUGAAGAUCUCGCUUCUGGAGGUGCAAGAUAUUGUGAGCUUCUUGAUCGUGGACAAGAAGCUGCACGGGAAGAUGGACCAGCACCACGGCACGGUGGAGGUCGAGAGUCACACAGACAUGGAUCGGGUGCAGGCGAUGCGGGAGUGGAGCGCGGCAAUUGGAUCGCUGUGGGCCACAGUUCUCAACGACGGCGAGGGCUUCAAGUCGGACGAGAGCGGAGGCCAGUACUCGUCCAUGGGCGGCGAAGGGCAGGCAUCACAGAGGAUGAGCUGGAACCCCAAUGUCGUCGGGCCCAAGGCUGGCAAGGCCAAAGGCAAGGGUCUCGCGGGCAGAUUGCCGAGCGCUGGGAGCAAAGGAUGAUGUGCGCGGAUGACUUGCAGCGAGUGGCACUCGGCGGCGGAGCGCGGGCCA